GCCCAGAUCUGCAUCAAAAUAGAAGUCCCAUUGCCUCCUCUCUCUCUCUCUUUUUCCCUCCCCUUCUGGCCUAUGGUGAUCCCUGGCCUCUUCCAGGAAAAAGACCUCGCUGGGCUUGAAACCUUCCUCUUGGAGCAGCAAAAAGCAAGAUGCGAGUGAAUAUUAAAGAGGCUGCUGGAUAUUUCUCGGACAACCAAGGGACGGUGAUGGAUCCAGACCAGAGCAUUCCCAACAAUGAGAGUAUCACCCAGGAGCUUGCUGAUGAUCAACAAGCAAAUGAGAAGGAGGAGGAUGUUCCGACACAAAUAUCUGAACAAAACCAACAAACUGGGAUGCCUCUGGGCUUAGCAGGAGUAAACGCUGACCUGUGUCUUGAGAAAGAAGGAACAUCUGCGAAUCACCGCAGGCUGGAAAGAGAUCCUGAGCAGCAUAUAGGAAAAAGAACAGAUAGCGAUGUUUCUUUCACAAAGAAGUCCCAAGCUCUUACCAAAGGGCCAGCCCGAAAGCGCAUUCGCACCCCGAGGACGUGCGACGAGUGUGGGAAGACCUUCGCCCAAGCCUCCAACCUCGUAGCCCAUAAGAGAAUCCACACCGGCGAGAAGCCGUAUAAAUGUUUGGAUUGUGGCAAAUGCUUCACCGAACGGUCCAACCUUAAUAGGCACCAGCGGACCCAUGGAGGGGAUAAACGCUAUCAGUGCCUCGAGUGUGGGAAAGGUUUUUGCUUUGAAUCCGAUCUGGUUCGGCAUGAAAUUACCCACUUGGGAGAAAAGCCAUACAAAUGCUUUGAUUGCGGGAAGACCUUCAGCCAUGCCUCGACCCUGAUUAGACACAAAAAUAUCCAUACGGGAGAGAAGCUCUAUUGCUGUAUCGAGUGCGGGAAAAGCUUCACUCAGAGUUCAUCCCUCCUGGCGCAUAAAAGGCUCCACACGGGAGAGACCCCGUUCAUAUGCCCCGUUUGUGGGGAUACUUUCAAUUGGAAGUCACACCUCAUUACACAUGAAAGGACCCACACCGGAGAAAGGCCGUACAAGUGCUCCAAGUGCGGAAAAAGCUUCAUGGAGAAGUCUAAACUGAAUCGACACCAGAGAACCCACAUGGAACGGGAAGGUCAUGCGUGUGACGAGUGCGGGAAAGUCUUCACCAACAAAUCCAACCUCGCGAGGCAUCAGAUAAUCCACAAAGGCACCCAGGCGUUCAUAUGCCUCAGCUGUGGGAAAACCUUCAACCAGAUAUCGAAACUGAUUCGGCACGAGAGGGUCCACACGAAUGAGGAGCCAAAUGAAUGGCCAGAUGGCCAGGUGCGGUACGAAGACGGCUCCAUCCUCAUUUCAAAUACACCCAAGCACCUUGAUUUGGAAGACCAAUCUUCUAAAUAUAUGGAUGGCAAAAAAGACUACAACCAUUGUUCCCUCAUUGCAGGAGUGAAUCCAGAGGGACCAGUGCCAAUGGGAGACCAACUCUGCGACUGGCAAAACAAUGAAACAAGCGACAGUCACCGUUCACUCAUUGUUACUGCUGUGAAGGAGGAGGAUCAACCGUAUGAAUGCUCUGAAAGCGAGACCCCCUACCAGAGUAGCCCAUUCUUUAUCAACAGUGGGAAUGAGGGAAAGGUGGUGAAGACCCAACUCUACAACUGCCUGGUCGGUCAGAAAAUGUGCAACGAUCUGCCUCUCCUUAUAGAGAGACAAGAGAGCUCUCCAGGGGAGGAGAAAGAGUUUACUUGUUCCGAGUGUGGGAAGAACUUUAAUUGGAAGUCCCAUUUCAUCCGGCAUAAGAGGAUUCACACUGGAGAAAAACCAUACGACUGCCCAGAUUGUGACAAAAGCUUCAGUCGGCGGUCGCACCUUGUUCGGCACGGGAGGACCCAUACUGAGCUGAGCUUGUAUUCGCAGGCCGAGGAGGAAGCGUUAGAUCAGGAUGCCGGUACUAUGAGCGCAAGUGAAUCCGUAGAAGAAGGAAAUCAGAUGAACACACAGUCGGUUGAAACUGAGGCUCAGGUUGUAUGAAACGCUGGCAUGCAGGAGAGGAAGUCUUUAGUAAAAAAAAAAAUCAAGGAUAUAGUAGAGUCUCGCUUAU